AGCGGCGGCGGGGCCGAAGAGAUGGCGUCCUGGAGCGCGCCUUCGCCCAGCCUUGUAGAGUAUUUUGAGGACCAGACCUCCUUCCAGUGUGGUUAUUGCAAGAACAACUUUGGCAGUCGCUCCCAUGGCAUGUGGGCACAUUCCAUGACAGUGCAGGAUUAUCAGGAUCUUAUAGACAGAGGAUGGAGAAGAAGUGGAAAAUAUGUGUACAAACCUGUCAUGAAUCAAACAUGCUGUCCUCAGUAUACAAUAAGGUGUCAUCCUUUACAGUUUCAGCCAUCAAAAUCUCACAAGAAAGUUUUGAAAAAAAUGCUGAAAUUUCUGGCUAAAGGAGAGAUCUCGAAAGGCAGUUGUGAGGAUGAGCCCAUGGAUUCUACAAUGGAGGAUGCUGUUGAUGGUGACUUUGCAUUAAUGAACAAGUUGGAUAUAAAGUGUGACCUUAAAACACUCAGCAGUGACCUCAAAGGAAGCAUAGAGGGUGAAGAGAAGGAGAAAGAGAAGAGUUUGAAGAAAGAAGGAUCUAAAGAGUUAAUUCAUCCACAAGCUAUAGAAGAGAAGUUGGGCUCUGGUGAACCAUCACAUUCAAUCAAAGUUCAUAUUGGUCCUAAGCCAGGUAAAGGGGCUGAUUUGAGUAAGCCUCCAUGUCGAAAAGCAAAGGAAAUGAGGAAAGAAAGGAAAAGGUUAAAACUGAUGCAGCAGAACUCAGCUGGAGCCUUUGAGGGUUUCCAGGCUCAAGGUCAGCCAGUAUCUUUGUUACCAAAGGCUAAAUCCAACCAGCCCAAGUCACUUGAAGAUUUGAUUUUUGAAUCUUUACCGGAGAAUGCAUCGCACAAGUUAGAGGUGAGGGUGGUAAGAUCUUCUCCACCAAGUCCUCAGUUCAAAGCCACAUUUCAGGAGUCUUACCAGGUCUAUAAACGUUACCAGAUGAUUAUUCACAAGGAUCCACCUGAUAAGCCAACUGUGAGCCAGUUUACAAGAUUCCUUUGCAGCUCACCAUUGGAGGCAGAGCACCCUGCUAAUGGACCAGAAUGUGGUUAUGGCUCUUUUCACCAGCAGUACUGGCUUGAUGGGAAGAUCAUUGCUGUGGGGGUGAUAGACAUCCUCCCAUACUGUGUGUCUUCUGUGUAUCUGUACUAUGAUCCUGAUUAUUCAUUUCUGUCUUUGGGUGUCUAUUCAGCAUUAAGAGAAAUUGCUUUUACUAGACAACUGCAUGAGAAGACAUCACAACUCAGCUACUAUUACAUGGGUUUCUACAUUCAUUCCUGUCCCAAGAUGAGAUACAAGGGUCAGUAUAGACCUUCUGAUUUGCUGUGUCCUGAGACAUAUGUCUGGGUACCCAUUGAGCAGUGCCUGCCUUCUCUGGACAACUCUAAGUAUUGCCGUUUCAACCAGGACCCACAAGCAGAGGAUGAAGGGCGCAGUAAGGAACUUGACCGACUACGGGUGUUUCACAGACGAUCCGCCAUGCCUUAUGGUGUUUAUAAGAACCACCAAGAAGACCCAAGUGAGGAGGCCGCUGUGCUGGAGUAUGCAAACCUCGUAGGGCAGAAGUGCUCGGAGAGGAUGCUGCUGUUCAGACACUGAAGGCCUGUGCCACAGCCCAGCACCAGCCUGAGCUCUCCUGCCACAGUCCUGCCUGCGUCUCAGUUCCUGCAGCCACUCACCAAGUACAUUCGUAGAGCUUUUUAAAAGUAUUUUGUGGAAUUGUAUUUAUGAGAAUCUUGUGCUUAAUAUAAAGAUUUUAAAAUACUUUAUGAUCUAGUCCUUUAAUUGGGACUUGUCCUUUUGAAGUUGCUAAAUGGAACAAAGUAUGCUAAAUGUCUCCAGUAAAUAUAUGAGGAAGGAAAAUGAAGAAGUAAAUCUAAGUAAUUUCCUCACAGUUACUGUUUUGUGCUGGAGAAAUUCUGACACAGAGACUAUUCUUUUAGACCAGUGGUUCUUAACCUGUGGGUUCAUGACACCCAUAGGGGCCGAAUGUUAGAUAAGGGCUGUAGCAAAAUUAUAGUUAUGAAGUAGCAACAAAAUAAUUUUAUGGUUGGGGGAGGGUUUACCACAAUGUGAGGAACUGUAUUAAAGGAUAGCAGUACUGGGAAGGUGGAGAACCACAUUAGCUUAUGCUGGGAAAUUCAGGUGGGGUCAAAGGUGAAGAGCACAUUCCAUCACCAGGAAAUGUGCCUUUCCCACAAACCAAAACUCUGUUACUCUGUUUGAUAUUAAAUUCGUCCAGUGUUAUAGUGUAUUAUUAGUAGACAACCUCUAAAGGAAAUGUAAACAUUGCAAACAUCAGUUGUUCACUUUGGGUGUCUGUCCAGGAUGGUCCUGCUUAUGUCUGUUGUCUUGGCAUAAUUGUUUUCCCUGUCACUAGUGUUCCCUUGUGCCCUAGAGUUAUCUCAGUUUGGAUGAUAAAAUAUUCAGUGAUCUUAGUGGUGUUUGCUCUAUUUCUACAAAUCUAAGAAACAACUUUUUAAAGAAACAUAGUAACUCCUGCUUGAUCUAAGGCUUAUCCAAAGAAAAUAGAUUCCUACUUUCCAUUCUCUGGAACUCAGACGUUCUUUUGUGAUUAGAGAUAGAAGUGGUUAUUAACUAGUCCUGUAGCUGUGCACAAGCCGUAGUGGAGUUGGUGGGGCCUAUAGCCUCUGCAUUUCUCUUCUGAUUGUGGGUCGGAGAAUAAGCACUGCCAUUGGUACUUCAGAAUAGAGACCAGCUACUCACUUUCAUUCUUGUGAUGUUGGGCCUUCUGCUUGCUCACCAAAUGCCUGCUGUCAAGGAGGCAGGCAGCCAGCUGGUUAAAGAGGCACAUCAGACAUGGCGAAGUGAGGCUCCCCUCAAGUGGGCUGGAAGCUGGAUGUACAGGUUAGCUUUUUUUUUUCCUACUUGUUCUCAGCUAGACCCUUCUGUGCUAGCUGUCUGGCCUUGGACCUGCAGAGAGCACCCUAUCCUACAGUGAGGAUAGUGUUACUUUAUUUCUUUUUAUAAAGAUUACUCCAAUAGUAAUCAACUAAAACACUAAAAAAUUAAGUCAUUUGAAAUCCUCCUAGGCCUAGAGAAAGGAACAUUAUAGAAACCCACACAUCACUAGUCCACCUCAAAUAAAAUCGUGCAUUCUUUGCUAUGUAGUUGUCCUCAGUGAUAACGUGUGAGUGUAUCUGAGAUGGAAGAUUGUUGAAAACGUGAUAGGUAAUCUCAGUAGUAUUAAGUAGAGUGGGGUCAGCAUAUAUGCCCUUGGCAUUGGGUAGCCAGGCAUACUGCAUACCCUUUUCCUUGUAGGUGGUAUAUCCUUGCUACCAGAAUUUGGGGGUGGGGUUCAGCCCAAUAUCUUACCCUCGCUCUGAGAGUUCCUCGUGCAGAUUGUAGAGGAAAAUGGCUCACUGUCCCUGUUACUGUAUUAAUGAGCCUACCCUAGGGUGAGGCUUCAGAGCAACUGGCCAUGAAAACUCUUCAGCUCAGUUGCUAUGUUCUCAUUCUCUCCCUCUAUUCUCCCUCCCACCCUCUAUCCCUCCCCACCCCAAUAUAUUUUUUUAACUAGUAUGAAAUCUUAGGGGUCUAGAUGUUGUCAAAGAUGUGCCCUUGGGUGGGGCUGAGGAGAUAACCCAGUUAGUACAGUGCGUGAGUUCAGUUCUUUAGAGCCCAUGUAAAAUGUUGGAUUUGGUAGCAUGUGUUUGAAAUGUAGGCACUGGGGAUUCAGUAGAGGAGAACAUCUGGGGCUCACUGGCCAGUGGCCUAGCCUACUGAGUGAGCAUGGAGCCACUGAGAGACCCUGUCUAAAAGGAGGCAGACAGCAUUCAUCAGGACAUUAGGUGUUGUCCUUUAUACAUGGGUUACAAAAAGGAGCCUGCUAAUGUUUUGAGCUCUCUAGUGAGUGUCACAGCUGGGAUAGGACAGUCAAGAAAAGUAUCUCAACUUGGCAUUUUUGCAAAGUCUAAGUGAGGUACCUAAUUCUGUCAGUGAUUUUCAUCUAAAUAAAGGUACAUGGAAGCCUUUGAGGGACAGAGUCUGUCUUCUUCAGGCAGGAAGGUCUAUGUGUUCCAUCUCCUUCUUUAGUCCUCUUCUGAAUUCAAGUAGAGUCACACCUCCCUCCAUGCCUGACAACAUAGGAGUCAUUUUGAUUCUCAGUGUACCAUCUUUAUUUAAAUUAUUUUCAGUUCUCUGAGACUUUUGUUACUUUUAUUACAGGUAAUCUAAGCACUUUUAUAUUCAAAGAUAAAGGCUAUAUUAUCAGAUGAAUAUAUUCACUCAAUUAAAAUUAUUUAGGUAAAAAUUAUUAUUUAUGUUUCCUUUCAAGCAGUCUAUCCUAUUUUUAUCCAUUUGCAAAUGCCAGUUUUGUGUGGUUUCUUAGCAUAUCAAAAUUAUUAUGUAGAAGAAUAUUUCUAGCUUUCUGAACAGCAAAUAGUUUGGUUUAUAAAUAUUGUAUUAUUUCAGUAUGAAUAAAGGUGAGAGAGAAUACAAACAUUUAACCAAAAUGAUUCUACUGUGGCCGACUUAAAAGAAAAGAAGGAAAUGAGUGGGGACUUGAUUUGUUUGAAUUACAAGUUAUUCAACUGUGUGUUCCUUUCCUAAGGAAACCAUUGGCUAUAAGGCAAUAUGAGUUUGAUUGCUUUGAAUAUUUUUGCUCUUGUAAAAAAGCCCAAAAUAAUUAAAAAAAAAUAAAGCUGUUUGUAUCUACA